AUGAUCAAAGAAUUGAAUAGGAAAUGUUUUCGAGUUCGGAACGAAAAAGGAGACUAUAUAUGCUUCGCGUUAGACAGAACAUGUGCUGACGAAAUUUUGUGGAAGAAGAAGGUGAGAAUCAAAUGCUUCACGGUCAAUUUAGAUUCGCUUCUAGUGACCUCAAGUAAGACCCUGAAAUUAGAAGAGUUCCUUAAUGUUUACAAUGUACACAAAGAUGCUAUUCAAAAUAAUGCUCAAAAUGUUAUGUGCUCUAGUAGAUAUGUGCUGAAUGAAACUGCUGAUAGCGAUGGACAAUGUUGUAUAUGUAUGGAUAACAAUACUGAAGUGCUUCUUCCAUGCUUGCAUUCAUUCUGUAUGGCUUGUGUCGCUCAGGAAUUAGAAUUCCGCCCACAGUUCAGUUGCCCUAUUUGUAAAACUCGAAUUGAACACCCUAUAGAAAAUUCUUGGGAAGUUGCAGAUCCCCCAGAGCCUUCCGAUAUAGUUUCCUAUCUCAGUAAACUUUCCGGGAAGUAA